AUGAUCAUGGCUCUUUCUUUUUCUCUUCGAACCAUCAUAAUCACAGCUUUCGUUUUACUUACCACCACUGCCUCAUCAUCAUCACCUCAUGGAUUCACCUUCGACUUAAUCCACCGUCGCUCUAAUACCUCUUCUUUACGACCAUCCACUGAUGAUUAUGGAUCUCCUUACGCCAACACCGUCUUUGAUUCUGAGAGCUCCGAGUAUCUAAUGAAGAUACAAAUCGGUACUCCUCCUGUCGAGAUCGAAGCUAUGAUAGACACAGGAAGCCACCUCAUAUGGACACAAUGCUUGCCUUGUCAAAGUUGCUACAACCAAGUAGCUCCCAUCUUCGACCCUUCUAAAUCUUCAACCUACAAACCAAGAAGAUGCAAGACCCAUGACCACUCUUGUCCUUACGAGCUUGUCUACGCUGGCAAGAGCUACACCAAGGGAACGUAUGUUUCCGAGACUGUCACGAUCCAGUCCACUUCAGGCCAACCCUUUGUGAUGCCUGAAACCCUAAUUGGCUGUGGCCACAACAACUCAGGGCUUGUGUCGACCACUUCAGGCAUUGUUGGUCUAAACUGGGCAGCUACAUCGCUCACCUCUCAGAUGGGAGAAAGAUUCUUAGGUCUUUUGUCUUAUUGCUUCUCCGGUACGGGAACUAGCAAGAUCAACUUUGGAGCGAACGCUAUUGUAGCAGGAGAUGGGACAGUAGCAGCAGAUAUGUUCCGAAAGACGAAUUUCCCGGAUUUCUAUUACCUAAACCUAGACGCAAUCAGCGUUGGAGAUAAUCGCAUUGAGAUGUUGGGGACAUCGUUCUACGCCACAGACGGGAACAUGAUCAUAGACUCUGGAACCACUUACACGUUCUUGCCCGGGAGCUACUUGGAACAAGUGAAGGCGGCAGUGGAAAGCGUUGUGACAGCGGAUCGAGCACCUUACUCAGACGCGCUUUGCUACUAUUCGAACACCAUUGAAAUAUUUCCGGUGAUCACUAUGCACUUCUCCGGCGGUGCGGAUCUUGUGUUGUAUAAUAACAAUAUGUACGUGGACAAAGGAGGAAUCUUUUGUCUGGCGCUUAUGGAUGCUGAUCCGAUACAUAUGGCCGUCUUUGGGAACAGAGCACAGAACAAUUUUUUGGUGGGUUAUGAUCCUUCCUCAAUGGUGGUUUCUUUUAAACCCACCGAUUGUUCUACACUGUUUUAG